AUGGUGACUGACGUGCCGCUUGCCUCUCGCAGCUGCCUCUCUCCGCGCUUCCCCGCUUAUCACCCCGCUACUGUUGGAUGCGGCUUUUGUGCUGAUCUCUACUGGGAGCAACCGCGAGGAAUGGCUGUGCACCCUCGAGAGCUGCGGGAAGGCCCACGGCAAGUCCUUCAUGGCUGCAGCCGAUCAUAUCACGGCGGCGAGUCACUUGCUGGGCCUGGAGAAGCUGGGUGCUGCCACCCGCUGUUCCCUGGAGAAGCUGGGUCUGCAUAUCAUCCGCAAGGAGUACCGGAUCUGAGAUCAUCACCCGCGUACCUGAUGCAGUAUAGAGUUGUUGUGGAGCUGAUGCUUGUUGACGCUUUCAGGGUGCUGCAUCCUUACAAGCGCGAGUUCACCUUUUACUCGUGCGCUAACCAGUCCAGCUUGCGGAUUGACAGGGCGCUUAUUUCGCAGUCGCUGCUGUCGCACGUGGAGUUCGCCACGCACAUCAUGCCGGCAGACUCGAUCUCGGACCACAGCUUCGCGGUGAAGGCUGCUUUCAGGAUGGACACACGGGUGAAGCUGGGUCCCGGGCUUUGGAGGUUGCCUGCAUACAUGGUCGGUCGGCCGGGGGUCAGAAAGAUUAUUGAAGCAGUGGAAAGGCAGGUGGCGUCAAACGGAGAGAACUUUGAGCUGCUGAUCUCGAGGCUUAACGCCGGCCUUAAAUCUUACGUAAAGGAGGAGCGCAAGCGGGUUAAAGCCACAAUGACCCACCUUCAGGAUGCGGUAGAGGCACUGAAACAAGCGUGGUUAGGUGAUCCGGGGGACGACCGGCUGAAGGCUCUGCUGGUUGAGAAGGAGUCGCAGCUUCGCGGUUACCAACUGGCGAGGCAGGAAAGGCUGCAUGAGAUGGCUAGCAUGAACGAGGCGGUGGCUGGGGAGGUCGCGACCCCGUUCCUGUCAGGGAAGAUUAAGGUAGGGCGGGAGAAAAUGCAGAUCAAGGAGCUGAGUGCUGGAGGUGUGACGGUCACUGACAAUAAAGCGAUUUUGGGGGUUGCGUCGCAGUUCUACAGAAACCUCUUCGGGCACGACAGGCAGCAGAUUGAGUCGGGCUGGGUUCCUGCCGCUGGCAGAACGCUGUCGCCGAUAGCUAGGAAUAGGCUGAUGGCGGCUUGGUCGGAGAAGGAGGUGAAGAGCGCUUUUCAUGCGAUGGCGAAGAAUAAGGCUCCAGGGUAUGAUGGGUUGCCGAAGGAGCUGUUUGAGGAGCAUUGGGAUGUGCUGGGUAAGCACUUCAUGGCGCUGGUGGAGAGUUUCACCGAGACGGCGGUGCUCCCUGCAAGUACAAAGAGUGCUGUCACUAUUCUGUUACACAAAAAAGGCGGAAGAGAUGCGGUGGAGAACUAUCGCCCAAUCACGCUUCUGAGCUUCACUUACAAGGUGCUUGCGCAGGUGGUCGCAGACAGAAUGAAAAGGGUCUUGAACGAAGUGAUCUCGCCGGAGCAGUACGGGUUCCUGCCGGGCCGGAGGCUCUCGGACGCGGUGGGGUUGGUCGCGGAUGUGAUUGACGCUGCAAAAAACGAGCAGGCAGACUGGUACCUCCUGCUGGUGGAUUUCCAGAAGGCCUUUGAUUCAGUCUCGAGGAAUUAUCUGUUUCUGGUGCUGGAAAAGAUGGGCUUUCCCAGCAGGUUUGUCGGCUGGAUCAAGGGCCUGCACGAGGAAACACAGUCACGGCUGUUAGUCAACGGCUGGAUGGGGGAAGUGGUUGAGGUGGUAUCGGGGGUGCGGCAAGGCUGCCCUCUAGCGCCGUACCUUUUUCUGUGUGCUGUUGAGCCGUUGGCGCAGGAAGCCAUGAACCGCAGCCUGGGUCUCACAGGGGGUGCUCAGCGGCUGGCUUACCUGGGAUACGCGGACGACACGACGUUGCUCCUGCAAGGGGAGGCUCAGAUAGCAGAGGCUGAAAAGCUGCUUGACGACUUCGAAAAGGAGUCGGGGUUGGCGACCAACAAAUCGAAGUCUGACGUCUUACCUUUGGGCUGUAAUCUGAAUAAGCAGGCCAGCAAGACGGACGGCUUCAAAUGGGUGAAGGCCGAUGAGGCGGAGCGUCUGUUGGGGGUCUGGGUGACGGCGGCCGGCUGCUGCGCGCCUACCUGGGAGAAGGCUUUCGCAAGGAUAAAGGAGAAGCUGAGACAGUGGGAGGUGCAACACCUGACAACCAGGGCAAGGGCAGCGGUUAUUAACUGCUACAUCUCGCCCAUCAUCUUCUUCCAGGCGCAGGUGUAUCCGCCUCCGGUUGACAUCUGGGGGAGGGUUCUAAAGCUGACUCACAAUUUCAUGUCGGGGAAUCGGGCCACAACAGACAAGGCUUUCAUUCUGUGGAGCAAGGAACUGCUCUACAUGGCUAGAGAGGACGGGGGUGUGGGGGUGACCGACCCGGAGAUAGCCCUCACCUGUCUCACGGCGAGGCGUAUUGGCCUACUCCUCACCGAGACAAACGAGCUGAAGCGUGACAUCAUGCUCAAGGCUGCUGACUUGCCGCUGGGGCUGGACACCUUCGUCUCUCAUGUCAAGCUCCUGAAGUGCUGGAGUGGGAAGAGUGAGCGAUGGAAGUUGGCCUGCGGGGAUUUCAUGCAGUCGCCGCUGGCUGACACAUCACCGGUGCUAUCGCGGGAGGAGGCAGAGAUGGAGAGAAUUGUAUUUAACCGCCAUAUUCUGCUUAACGGAAGGACUCCGGUGGGAGGGCAAAAGGCUGCGGGGAAACUCUGGGAGGUCCGGCUUGGUGAUUUACUAUGCCCGGACGGCGCGGGGGGCCGGCGGCCCAAAGAUGUAAGGCUCCUGGCGAAGGAACUAGGCGGCACCAAACAAGCAAAGCUGGCGUUGCGGGCUUGGGACGCAGUGCCGCAGAGCUGGAAGCUGCUCCUACUGCCUGCCGAGCAACAGCUGGUGGUGGGGGCGGUCAGACGGGCCAUGCGCUUGCUUCACCCAGCGAGGCAAGUGGAGUGCUUGGGGGAUUUACUGUUCGGCAAGGCAGCAUCCACCUCAGCUUUCCCCGAAGCCUCGCUGGCAGCAAUUGCGAUGCACCAGAUUUGGGCAGAGCGGUGUGAUUGUGUGUUCCGGGAGAAGCGCUUCCGGGCUCGGCUCGUCCUCAGGCGCAUUGAGGCAGCUUUUCGGCUGCAUGUGAAGGUGUACACCCGCGCACUGGGGAGGAAGCUGGGGAAGGGCGGUGGUUCGAAGCAACAAGGGAGGAUGCUGGCACUGGCGGGAUUGGAGAAUGACUUGCUUGGACGUAUCCGAUGCAUGGGCGAGAAGGGCUGGAAGUGGACCCGUAAUUUCGGGGCACUGUGGAACCUCGCGCGAGGCGCUCUACAUCCGCCUUAG